CUCUUCCUUCUUCCCACAUCCCCGAUCUCCUCUUCCCUCAGUUGUGCGCGCCCCUCCCCCCCCUCUCACAUCUCCGUCGCCCCCUUCCUCCCACACACAAAGGCCGCCGCGAGCCAUCGCACCGAGCAGCUACCGCCGUAGACGACUGCCACCGUUCAGGCGCUCUCUCUCUCUCUUUGCGAAGAAGAACAAGAAUGACCAAGUUCAGGAAGCUAAGUCGACCUACGGGUCAUCGAAUGUCCAUGCUCAGGACAAUGGUAUCCCAAUUGGUGAAGCACGAGCGCAUCGAAACCACUGUUGCCAAGGCAAAAGAAAUUCGGCGCCUUGCAGAUAAUAUGGUGCAGCUUGGAAAAGAGGGUUCCCUCUGUGCUGCUAGGCGUGCUGCUGCUUUUGUGCGAGGUGAUGAUGUCAUUCACAAGCUAUUCACCGAACUGGCGUACCGAUACAAAAAUAGAGAAGGUGGAUAUACAAGACUGCUACGGACUCGUAUACGAGUUGGUGAUGCUGCCCCGAUGGCAUAUAUUGAGUUUAUUGACCGAGAUAAUGAACUUAGGCAAGCAAAGCCCCCAAAUCCUCAACCACCUCAGAAAGCGCCCCUCGAUCCCUGGACAAGAUCUAGGGUCAGCAAGCAGUUUGCACCACCAAAAGAGGAUAUAUCGGAGUCUUGAGAUAUGAAAGUCUCAUGCUGUAAAGCCGCAUGUUAUUAACAGAGAAAUUUUGUUUCAUACUUGAGUAGCGUGGAGCCAUGGCUUUAUUUAAUUGAGUGCUUUACGGUUUUGAAUAAAUGUUGUGUAAACGGUAGCUAUACAAUUAUCAAUUUAGCUGUUUCUGUGUUGAGUUUUGCAUUGAAAUAAGCUUUGUAAUAUAACUGUGAAUCCUUCCUUCUCAUC